AUGGGCGUAGACGGGCCAGGGGAGGAAGCGGCAUUCCAACCCGACGGCCGCUUCUGGGCCAUCAUCGUCACCUGUUCGGUCACCUGUCUGCUUAGCGCCCUCGAAAACACGGUCGUGACAACGGCGCUGCCGAACAUCGUGGGAGAACUCGACCUGGGCGGCAACUAUGUCUGGGUAACCAAUGUGUUCUUCCAGACAGGGUGGGCUCUACUAUCUGCUGCCGUCCAGCCCCUAUUCGGCCAACUGGCCGACAUCUACGGCCGCCGAUGGGUCACCAUGGUCAUCGUGGCCUUCUUCACCUUGGGCAGCGGCAUUGCGGGAGGUGCGACGAACGGCGCCAUGCUCAUCGCCGGCCGCGCCGUCCAGGGCAUCGGCUCGGGCGGCAUCUACAUCAUCAUCGACGUGAUCGUGUCGGACCUCGUUCCGCUGCGCCUCCGGGGCAACUACAUCGCCGUCAUCCUCGUCGUGUACACGGUCGGCACGGCAAUCGGGCCGUGGGUGGGCGGAGAGAUCGUUGCCACAACGACGUGGCGCUGGGUGUUCUACAUCAACCUCCCGAUUGGCGGCGCGGCCAUGGUCAUGAUCUACCUCUUCCUGCGCGUCCAGCGCAACCGCAGCCAGACUGCCAUGCAGAAACUGCUCCGCAUCGACUACGGCGGCAACGCCAUCCUCGUCGGGUCGAUCGUAGCGAUCCUCUACACGCUCACUUAUGGCGGCACCAAGUAUGCGUGGUCCGCCGCUGGGAUUUUGGUGCCACUGAUCAUCGGUCUCGCCGGCCUUGUUGUCUUCAUGUGGUAUGAGCGGACCGUCGCUGCGGAGCCCGUCGUGCCGCCAGCCCUGUUCCGGAACCGCACGUCGAGCAUCAUCUUUGCGGCCACUUUCCUCAACUCGGCCCUGGUGUACUGGAUAUUGUUCUUCCUUCCCGUGUACUUCCAGGCCGUCCAUGGCACCUCGGCGGCCCGCGCCGGCGUCCUGCUCCUCCCCGCCAUCCUGUUCGGCAUCCCCGGGGCCAUCAUCGCCGUCCUGCUGCUAGCCAGGUUCGGCAGGUACAAGCCACUGCACCUCUUCGGCUUCGCCGUUAGCAUCGUCGGCUGUGGCCUCUUCACGCUGCUCGACGAGCACAGUACGCUGGCGCUGUACGUCGUGUUCCAGAUGGUGGCGGCCAUCGGCAGCGGCUUCGUGCUUAACACGCUGCUGCCGGCGGCGCAGGCACAGCUCGACGAGAGGCACCAGGCGGCGACGACGGCCGCGUGGUCGUUUAUGCGCUCGCUCGGCAGCAUCUGGGGCGUGGCGAUCCCGGCGGCCGUGUUCGACAACCGGUUCUCGCAGGUCGCCGCGCGCACCAUCGCCGACCCGGCCGUGCGCGCGCUGUUCGACGGCGGCAACCGCGCGUAUGAGAACGCGCACGCCGACUUCAUCGCGUCAUUCCCGCCGCCCGUGCACGACCAAAUCGUCCGGACGUACGCCGACGCGCUGAGGCUGAUCUGGCAGAUCUCGAUUGCCUUCUCGGCCGUCAACUUCCUCAUUAUUAUCUUCGAAAAGGAGGUGCCGUUGAGGACCGAGCUGGAGACCGAGUUUGGCCUGGAGGAUAGUAGUCGGAAGGGGGCGGCGGUGGAGGGAAGGGACGCCGGCGAGAAGGGGCAGGCCGGGGCAGGUGAAGGGGAGGUUGAUGCUUCCGCGGCAUAAGGAGACGGUUGGUUUUUUUUGAAGGUUUUCUGUUGUACAUGGGCUCCUUUGCUUCAAUAAGUG